ACCGGAAGUUAGUGGUAUCGCCGAGGCCUCAUCCUUCCAAUGGCGACUGCAAACAGGCCGAAUAGCAACCGGGAGCAACCGUGGAGGGUGGUCAGAGCGGCGUAACCGACAUUAAAUAAAAAUAUAUAAUAUUAUAUUUGUUAUCAUAUCAUUGCGAUUCACCUCUCCAUAAUUACGUCCGAUUCAAUGGCCAAAAAUCGGAACAUUUCGCUCCUUGAGUCGGAGCUUUACUUCUUGAUAUCUCGUUUUCUAACAACGGGUCCCUGUCGGAGAGCUGCCGAGGUCCUGGUGAGCGAACUAGAGGACUAUCAGCUCUUACCCGGGAGACUUGACUGGCUUGGAAAUGAGCACCCGAGAACAUACGAAGACGUGGUUGCAGCAAACAAACACAUUGCACCAGAUCAUUUGCUUCAGAUAUGUAAAAAGAUUGGACCGCUUCUUGAUAAAGAUGUGCCAUCUUGUGUGCCCGGCGUGCACUCGCUUCUGGGGUCCGGAAAGGAGUCGAUGCUUCGGACCCCAAAAGACUGUGAUGGCGUGCGGUUUCAAGCAUCAUCAUAUGCAGCCCUUCACAGGGGAAGACCACCAGAGAGGCCUUUGAACUGCAGGAAACCUCCACAUAUAGUCAAGGUCUAUCGAGGCAGGGAGCUGACGGGUGUGCAGCGCUUCAGCUCCAUCAACCCCAUCAGCAAUUAUGAGCGCAUGCGUCUGCAUCGGCGGAUCCUGGGGCAUCUGUCUGCGGUGUACUGUAUUGCGUUUGACCGCACCGGUCUCAGGAUCUUCACAGGUUCGGAUGACUGCUUGGUGAAGAUUUGGUCUUCCUUUGACGGGAAGCUCCAUUCGACGCUGCGAGGACACUCUGCCGAGAUCACAGACCUGGCGGUCAGUUUCGAAAACACGCUAAUUGCCGCGGGAAGCUGCGACAAAACCAUUCGCGUGUGGUGCCUUCGUACCUGUGCACCUGUGGCUGUGCUGCAGGGGCACAGCGGCUCAAUUACCUCCCUACAGUUUGCACCGUUUGCCAAGGGCUCAAAGCGCUACAUGCUUUCCACUGGUACUGAUGCUACAGUCUGUUUCUGGCAGUGGGACGUCAACAACAUCAACUUUAGUGAUCGUCCACACAAGUUUACAGAGCGCCCGAGGCCGGGAGUUCAGACCGUAUGCUCCUCAUUCAGUCCAGGGGGAAUGUUCUUAGCAACAGGAAGCACUGAUGAUGUCAUCAGAAUAUAUUACUUGGGGAGUGGAAGCCCGGAAAAGAUAUCAGAGCUCCAUGAGCACACAGACAAAGUUGACAGCAUCCAGUUUUGCCACUCAGGGGAAAGGUUUGUGAGCGGAAGUCGGGAUGGCACGGCCAGGAUCUGGAAGCUCUAUCAGCGGCAGCAGUGGCGGUGCAUCCUCCUCAACAUGUCUGCCACUCUUCCCGGUGCCGAGCCUAUGAGUGAAGAGGAAAGCUACUUAAAGCCCAAAGUCACCAUGGUAGCAUGGGAUCGCCAUGACAACAUGGUCAUCACAGCUGUCAAUAACCACCUUCUCAAAGUGUGGAACUCCUACACGGGACAGCUGCUACAUAUCCUAAAAGGCCACGAAGCCGAAGUGUUUGUACUUGAGCCGCACCCUUUCGACCCGAGGAUCAUCCUGUCGGCUGGCCAUGAUGGGAACGUCUUCAUAUGGGACCUCCUGCGAGGAACAAGAACGCAGCACUAUUUCAACAUGAUCGAAGGGCAAGGUCACGGCGCAGUUUUUGACUGCAAAUUCACCCCCGACGGUCAGCGUUUUGCCUGCACGGACUCCCAUGGACAUCUGCUCAUCUUUGGUUUUGGUAGCUCAAAGCCGUAUGAGAAGCUCCCAGACCAGGUUUUCUUCCACACUGACUACAGACCACUUAUCAGGGAUACCAACGGCUAUGUGCUUGACGAACAGACACAGCAAGCCCCCCAUCUGAUGCCCCCGCCUUUUCUCGUGGACGUGGAUGGAAAUCCCCACCCGCCAAGGUACCAGCGCCUUGUUCCAGGGCGGGAGAACAUUGCAGCCGAACACCUGGUCCCUCAGCUGGGCUACGUUGCCACAAGUGACGGCGAGGUGGUCGAGCAGGUCAUCAGUCAGCAGACCGCAGAGUUGGAGGAGAUCUCGGUGAGACGCAGCAGCCUUCUGGACGAGGCCAUCCGACAACUUCAGCAGCGGCAGGACCGGCAGAACCAAGGCGGCGCUGAGGGGGGUGUUCAAGCCGAGGCGCCAGGGGCAGCCCCGCCGCCGGCGCCAAGUACGCCACGCAGAGUGUCGGUCAACGACCGCGCGGAGGUGCAGUCCCCUCCCAACGUAGGCUUGCGGCGGAGCGGGCAGGUGGAAGGCGUCAGGCAGAUGCACCAGAAUGCCCCUCGCAGUCAGAUGGCCACAGAACGAGACCUGCAAGCCUGGAGACGCCGGGUGGUGGUGCCCGAGCUUGCACCAAGCUGCUAUAGGGACCAAGUGGACAUCAGGGUUGCCAAAGGAGACGAGGAGGUGGCGUUAUACAACACAAAGAAGAGGCGCAUCAUAUACAGCUGUCCAGACGAUUCCGACGAAGAACCGCCUCCUGUUAAGCGAACGCACGGCCACGGAGACGCGGCGGUGGAAUUCAUCGAGCUGUCGUGUGAAGAGGGAGAGGAAACCGCGAGCUCCGACGCACACACCGAGGACAACGACUUGGAUGGCAGUGAACUGGAAUCCUCCAAUGACGAGGAGUGGAACAGCGACAGUCCGAGCCAAUCAUCCAGCGAAUACUCAGACUGGACUGCAGACGCCGGAAUCAACCUUCAACCAUCGACUCUCUUGUCAUCGCGGAAACGGGUACGACGCCAGCUCAGCAGUUCAGACGAGGACGAGGAAGACAACGAGGACGAGGAAGACAAGCAGCAGACACAGCCGCAUCAACAGCAAAGUGACGACGAGGAAAAAACGUCGACGAAAGACAAAGAGAAAUCCAGGAAAUCAAAGAACAAAUCGCCCAAACGGCCCAAAGUCAGACCGUCAAUCAACAGAGAAGUGUCCAAUGAGUUUCGGCCCUCGCUCUGGAUCACCGAUGUCAUUCCCAGGAAGUCUCCUUUUGUUCCUCAAAUGGGCGAUGAGGUCAUCUAUUUCCGACAGGGCCACGAGGCUUACGUUGAGGCUGUGAGACGAACAGAUCUGUAUCCCAUCAACUUGGACAAGCAGCCCUGGAAGAAAAUGGAGUUGCGGGACCAAGAAUUUGUGAAGAUUACCGGGAUCAAGUAUGAGGUCUGCCCUCCGACGCUGUGCUGUUUGAAGCUGACGCUAAUCGACCAUGGCACGGGCAAAAUUACUGACAAGUCCUUCUCUGUCAAAUAUCACGACAUGCCGGAUGUGAUAGAUUUCCUGGUGCUGAGGCAAAGCUAUGAUGAGGCGCUACGUAGGAACUGGCAACCAAAUGAUCGGUUCCGCUCGGUGAUUGACGAUGCCUGGUGGUUUGGCACCAUCGUUUGUCAGGAGCCGUACCAGUCAGAAUACCCCGACAGCCUCUUCCAGUGCUUCAAAGUCAGAUGGGAUAAUGGUGAGAAUGAGAAAUUGAGUCCUUGGGACGUGGAACCUAUUCCAGAGGACGCCCAGCUCCCCGAGACGGAAGGCGGCAGCAUCCCUGUGACGCCAGAGGAGAUGAGCGAGCUGAUGUACAAGCCUCUGCAGGGAGAGUGGGGGGUGAGGAAUCGGGACCAAGAAUGCGAGCGAAUCAUCGGCGGAAUCAGCCAGCUCAUCACCGUUGAGAUUUGUGCCCCCUUCUCCGGUCCCGUAGACUUGAUCCAAUAUCCCACCUACUGCACCGUGAUCGCUUACCCCACGGACCUGGACACCAUCCGACUGCGACUCGUGAACAAAUUCUACAGGCGGCUUUCGGCAUUGAUCUGGGAUGCCAGGUACAUUGCGCACAAUGCCCGCACUUUCAACGAACCAAGGAGCAAGAUUGCCCACUCUGCAAAAAUCAUCUCCAACGUCCUCCAAAAAUUUGUCAACAAUUCAAACUGCAUGGACAUCAUGGAAAUUUACAGUGUUGUUGAAGAAAUGGACGAGGACGACGAGGAAGCGGAUGCCGAAGCACCAGGACCUUCCUCAAGCCACAGGCUGCGUCAGCGAUCUGUGGAGGUUCUGCCUGACAGAGAUGCCUGGAAGGAGCAGUGCAAAAAUCUGCUCAAUUACAUCUUUGAGUGCGAGGACUCUGAGCCCUUCAGACUGCCAGUGGAUCCUCAGAACUAUCCCGACUACCAUGACAUCAUUGAUACGCCGAUGGACUUUGGCACUGUGAAAAGGACCUUGGAGCAAGAACGCUAUGAGAAUCCAGUCGAGCUUUGCAAAGACACGCGGCUAAUAUUUGCAAAUGCCAAAGCUUACACGCCCAAUAAACGUUCCAAGAUUUACAGCAUGACGUUGCGGCUCUCUGCCUUCUUCGAGGAGCAAAUCCGAACAAUCAUAUCCGAUUACAAAACGGCCGUGAAGAGCAGCGCCAGGCUGCGCCGCAGCCAGAGGUUCAAAAAGAAAACGCAGCAGCAGGACCCAGCCGGCGGUGCCACAACAAGUCACAAGGGGGACUCUGUCAAAACUCAGGAAAAAGUGGAGUCCGUCUCUGUGACCAAAUCUACCUCAACCAAAGCACCACUUCCUGAGCGGGCCAGGAGGUCUCGGAGAAGCAGUACCGGCGGCCAUAGCUCCUCAGAAGACGACUCUGCAUCGAAAGAGUCCGAGAGCGAGAGUGAAGACAGUGACUUAUCAGAGGAAACGUGUCCGGGUUCCUCCAAGCUCCAUCAAGGCAAACAGAAAGCCAGAAUUACCAGAGGCAGCUCUUCCAAGCAGCGCAAAAAAGUGGAUUUGAGUGAUAGUGAAGAGGAGGUGGAGGAAGAAGAAGACAGUGAAGGUGACGUGGAAGAAGAUGGCGAAGCAUCUUCCCAUUCUUCAGGUCGCCGCUAUCCCAGCAGAACCCCAAAGAGCAGGAGCACGCGCCUGACCAGAAACGCUGCCGCUGCGGGUCGAAACAAGAGCGAGGGCAGAACGGAGAUGAACGGUCACGCCAGCCGCCCCUCCCGCAGGGAGCGACAUCACCUCCGGGAGUCGGAAAGAAGCUCAUCACGCGGUUCCAACACGGAAGAACGAACCAUUCGCAGGUCGCUCAAGAGGAAAACGGCGAGGGCUGCUGUCAACAGGAUCAAACUUAUUGAAGCAUCAGAUUAUGAAGAUGAUGAUGAUGAUGAUGAUGAAGAGGAGGAGGAGGCGGAGCCCAGGCGCAGCGCCAGUCGCCUUCGCAACACUCCCCGACCCAGCAAACGCCCCACGGUGCUUCAGAGCAGCUCUGAUUCAGAUGGGGAGCAAUCGAAAAACGCUACGAAUACUAAGGAAUCGACUGAAGAAUCCCAGGAUGAGGAGAACGGCAACGACAGCAGCUCCUCAGACUCCUCCCACUGUCAGCAGAACGGACACGCAAGAACGUCAAGCAACACCAAGGGAACCGGACCUUUCACGUGCAUGAACGGAGACGGCCCCAAACAUCACAAGUUGCUGGACAGCAGCUCCGAGCAGGACGGCGAUGCGGCGGAGGAGACUUCCGGAGAUGCGGAGGAGGAAAAUGAGGUAGCCGUGCGUCAGAAGACGAGUCGAAGCUCAUCCCGCAAGAGCAGGAUUACCAGUGAAGAGGAGGAGGAGGAGGAGGAGGAAGAAGACACUAAACGAAGAAGCACCCGAAGCAAACCUCCAGUAAGCUCUGACGACGAGGACAGCUCGCAUCAGCCGCAUCAAAACGGGAGCGAAGCGGCACAACCGAAGGACUCCAAACGGAGCAAAGUGUCGUCAUCCAAAAGCCAAGGACAUCAUGCCGGAGAUCUCGAAGCGCAAAAGAGCUCACGCAAGAAAAAAGCGAAGCAGAACGACGAAAGCGACGCCGAAAACAGCAUCUCCAGCGACGACUUCGACUCCAAAACCAAGAGGUCCACGAGGAACAAGACCAAAUCGAAACGCCCUCGCCGCGACACUUCCGAGCAGGAAUUCCAACCCAAGAAGUCCAGAAGAAAACGCUCCACCGGCUCAUCGGAGGAAGACUCGGAUAACUCCGACGGCACCUUCAACCGCCGUCUUAACCUCCGAAUGCUCCCCAAGAAGAAAUACAUCAGCGAUAACUCCGCUUCGGAGGAAGACGGCGCUCCUCGGAGUAAAAUGAGAAACGGGAACAAAGCGAUCUCGAGGGAAGACCGCUACAACAAGAGAGCGUCAAGGAAAAGCCCUCCAGAUGAAAGCAGCACUCCGAUGUCUUCCAAGAGGAAACGAGUAUACACUUCAGGCUCUGAAGAUGAGAGUGACAUGGCGGCUGAGAACAAUAAAAAAAAUGGCAGAUCCGGCUCCUUUAAGCGGCGGAAACGGGAUCAUGAAGAUGCUUUUUCUUCGUCGCAUUCCGGCGAGAACGACGACGACGACGAAGAAGAUGUGCGCCGCUCAAGGAGGACAAGGAAGAAGAAUGAGGAGAGGCGGGUCAAACAUAAAAGGCUGAAGGAAAGCUGCAGCAGUAAUCACAGUUCUGACUCUGAAAUCGAGCAGUCGUCCUCGGCGAGCGAAAACUCCUACGCCAGCUCAGGGUCCCACAGCAGUCCAAAGAGGAGAAGUCCCAGACGGGCGGCGAGCGACGAAAGGACCGCCGGUCGGCAGUUGCGUCGGCGUCGACCACGGGUUGCCUCGGAGGAAAACGACAGCGACGAGGCGUGCGGCGGAACGCGUCAAAAAGCCCGCGUCAACACCCGAAACCGUGGCAAGCGAACUGUCGUCUAUCACGACAGCGAAUGAGACGGCACGACGGGUUUUAACGACCGCACACGGGAAAAGACACUUGACAUGAACGGUAGCAGCACUGGUUUCCUCGACAAACAAACAAACAAAAAAAAAAAAUGCUGUGAAUCUUGUUUCUUUCAGGGAUAUUUAUAUUUUCUAUGAAAAACACGUUUAUACAUGUGAUACAAAUUCAUGCAUUUGAACUGCUGGUUAUCACGAGGAUUCAGAUCAAAACCGCCGCCUGCCAACAUUGCUUGUUGCGAUAUUUUUUUUUUUUUUUUUUUAUCCAGCAGAGUUAACUUGUGAGGAAUCUUUGGGUGCUAUCUAAUAAUAUACCUCUGUUUAAAUCUAAGCAUAUUGCUGGCUUGCACUAAAAUACACUGUAAGGAGGUAUUUCAUACACUAGUUUUGCAUUAGAAACUCAGGGGUCAACUAAGUUUACUGUAGUCUCAGACGCCGCGCGGUUGAAAAGGACGAGCGAGAAUUCCAGGUUUUUUUUUGUUUUUUUUUUGGAGCGACAAUUCCAGGUGGGCAAGACGUCUAAGCACACGCAACCGAGACUUAAAAACCCAAGCCACAUUCUCACUUAAGACUACAGCACUCCUUUGUAAAUCCAUACAUACACUUAAUUCUUUGACUGUAUUAUGAGUUGAUAUGAGCCAAAAUGAAUGAAAUCAUCCCCCUUUAUAUUGUUUUCAUCACUUUUGUGUUGUAUUCUAGUAAAUACUUUAGAUGUAUUUUGAUGGAUGGCCAUCAGUCAGUAGCAACAUUUUUAUUUAAGUUGAAAUUUUAUUUUACUUGUUUGUUUUUUUACUUUCAACUGCAUUGUCUUGCCAUGUGUCACAAAUUGGUACCUUUUUUUUUUGCCAAGUACAAAUAACCAGAAGUACUUACCGCAAAAUAGUGUGAUUUCUCAUAUUGGGAAGACAUUUAAUUGUCCGGUGUUACUUUCAGUGUUAAAUUCUUUUUUUUGUUGACGUAAAUAUUUUUGCCAGUCCCACAGUAGUUUGGUUUAUGGCGGGUUUUCUAAAUGCAGUUGCUUUGACAUAUUUGCUCAAUGGUUCUCGUACUACAUCUUCAAUAAACAAGAUUUCAAUGAAAAAAGCGAUAA